UGAAAUAACUGCGCAAUUACCGAAAAUACCCCUACAAACCCCAAGCGUAGCAAUGACAAGCUCUGCUAAACCCUUGCAAGCAAGCAGCAGCAGCAGUCUCCAAACUAUGUACAUGCAUUUCCUCCUCCGUCGAACUCACCACCAGCGUCAACAAUGGCGGACACUGUUCGACGAUGCCCUUUCCAUCAAACAUGUAAGAGAUCGUGGAUUAGACCACGCUGUUGAAAGAGAAAAGAAUCUCAAACCACUUCUCAACAUCAAGAAUCUUAUCAAAUCUGAACCAUCGAAAUCGAUUCCCUUAAACAUCAUCACACAAUCUAAAGAUUCUCUACAAAUCCCAUCUCGCCCCAUUGAGUUUAUCCGAAAAUACCCUUCAAUUUUUCAAGAAUUUUUCCCAGCUAGCAUAAACAUACAUCCCCAUAUCAAGUUAACCCCAGAAAUUCUCAGUAUUGAUUCAGAUGAAGAGUUGUUCUAUCAAAGUGUAAGUUACAAAGAAGAUGUUGCAGAUAGGCUUUUGAAGAUUUUGAUGAUAGGUAAAACUAAUAAAAUUCCUUUACAUGUUAUUGAUAAGCUUAAAUGGGAUUUGGGCUUGUGUAAUAAUUUUGUGGAAACUAUAGUACCAGAAUAUCCGGAUUAUUUUCAGGUGAAUAAUGAGUCAAUGUUGGAAUUAGUUUGUUGGAGUCAUGAACUUGCUGUCUCCUCUUUGGAAAAACAAGCAGUGAAAUGUGGAAGUGAAGAUUUGUUAGUUAAGUUUGAUUUGAAGUAUUCAAAUGGGUUUGAGAUGGAUAAGAAGUACAAGAAAUGGGUUGAUGAAUGGAAAAAAUUGCCUUAUAUUUCGCCAUAUGAGAAUGUAAAGAAUCUUCCUGCAAAGAGUGAUGAAGCUGAUAAGUGGGCAGUGAUAAUUUUGCAUGAAAUUCUUAGUCUUUGUGUUGGGAAGAAGGCGGAGAAAGAUAAUUUGCUUUUGAUAGGAGAGUAUUUGGGACUUCGUUCUAGGUUUAAGAGGGCAUUGUUGUUGCAUCCUGGGAUAUUCUAUGUGUCAAGUAAGAUCGACACACAUACUGUGGUACUGAAGGAGGGAUAUAAAAGGGGAAUGUUAAUUCAGAAGAACUCGUUGAUAGAACUGAGGUCUAAGUAUGUUUAUCUCAUGAACAAGGUUACGGAGGAUAAAAAAUCAAAAGAAGUGCAGCUAAAAGGUAGUCAUGAUCUGAAAGAAGGUGAUGGAAAGGAAACUGAUGUUGAUAAUGAAGAUGAAGAUGAAGACUAUGAUGAGGACUCUGAUGAUGUGCAUAAUGACUACCAUGAUGAUGAGACGGACAAUGAGGGUAGAGAUGAGAAGCAUAGCCAAAGAGUAAACUUGAGGAGAAGAGUUGAUGAUAGAAACUCAAUGACAAGAGAUGAUGAUAGGAAGCCUACCCGAAGAUUAUACUCAAGGACUAGAGAUUAUGAUAGGAAUACUUCAGCUACCUCUUCGAGGACUAGAGAUUAUGAUAGGAAUACUUUAGCUACCUCUCCAAGGACUAGAGAUUAUGAUAGGACUACUUCAGCUGCCUCACCGAGGACUAGAGGUUAUGAUAGGAAUACUUCAGCUACCUCUCCGAGGACUAGAGAUUAUGAUAGGAAUACUUCAGCUACCUCUCCGAGGACUAGAGAUUAUGAUAGGAAUACUUCAGCUACCUCUCCGAGGACAUCCUUGGGGAGAAAUCAAAACAGAGAUGUGGAAAGGCCAUCAAGAAGAUCGUGUUGGAGGGCAGAAAAUAAUAGUGAGCUAGAUGCUCGAUCAACAUAUGGGGACAGAAAGCUUCCAAUAAAUUCAUGGAAGACUUCAGCAGGAAGAAGUUCCAACAGAACCAACGAAAGAACCUCUCGAUCUCCUAGGAGGGUGGAGAUUAACGAUAAUCAAUAUGCUCACCGGAGAUCAAGUAACAAAUUUGAUCUUCAUAGAAACCGGGGAACAUCCGAACGGAGGAGGAAUUCCACUCCAUGAAAAUCUAUCCGCUUUGUGAAGACACUGCAUAAUAGGCUUGCUUUUGAUAGUUUUAGGUUUGUCAGUUGUCAAUCACAUAUGCAAGGUAUAAGGUUGUAACAACAUAUUGCAGAAUCUUGUCUCAUCUAAUUUGCAUCAGCAACGCCACAUGGUUCACCAGGAACGAGAUCUGGUGUGCCAUAGUUCAUGAAGUUGGCGCACGUUGAUACCGUUGUCACUGUGCUGUUUUAGUGCGAAUUUGGUGCUACUGUUUUGGUGCAAUUUCGGGGUCUGAUUAUGGUGUUUUUAUUGUUUAGUUUUUGGUGCAGUUCCGAUGCUUUUCUGGUGGUUUUGUUGGUGCAAGUCUAAUGUUGUUUUAGAGGUGAUUUUGAUGCUGCUGUUCUGGUGUAAUUUUAAUGCUGUUUUGAUACUUUUUUGGAGUAAAUUUAGUGCAGUUUUGGUGCAUUUCUGGUGCUAUUUUGAUACUUUUCUGGUGAAAUACUGGUCUUGUGUUGAAGAACUUUUGGUGCAUUUUUGGUGCUGCUUUCAUGCAGUUCUGGUGUAAAUCUGCUGCAAUUUUAGUAGUGUUCUUCUGCAA